AUGUACCAUCUCAUGAGUAGUUCUCUCGUGGAGGAUGAAGACUACUUCUUCAGGAUGAGAGCCUGUGGCUACUGUGAAGACUUUCUGUUCCCAAAGGUGUGCAGGAUCGUGGCAGACCUAUGGUCGGUUUACUCCAAGCCUGUCCCAGCAAACGGCAGAGAGCUGUGGACCUUGUUUCUUCAGUGUUCCUGCGUUACAGUGGUGAUAGGAGGUCUCUUUUACAACUGGAUGUUUGCUUCCUUGGAGUACUCCUGGCAUCUCUCCAUUGCAAUGGCUGUCUCCUUCAGUCUGCUCCUUCUCCUGACCCUUUUCUUGGUGCAUCCUGCCCGUUGUGUCUUCACUAUGAUCAUGCCUACGUUAGGUACCAAACAAGGCCGGAAGCUUCUCUUAUCAACCUGCAUCAUGAUAGUGGUGGUUAACAUAACACCCAACAUCAUAAGCAACAUUAAAACCAUACUGCAGGUUAUUAAGUGCAUCUGCAAGAAUUCCUCUGAGAGUCUUUUGAACUCAACUGCUCUGCUAGAGAGAGCUUCCUGGGAGUUUGGGGAUGCAAUCCAAGAAACCGGUCAUUCCAUUAAUAUUUAUAAGCCUAUGAAUGGACAUUUUCAGUUUUCAUUGCUUAAGAACAGCUCCUUGAUUUACCAACAAAUGCACCUUGCUGGUGAGAAAAUUGGGAGGGACUUUUUGGCUGUUGAGGUACUGGUCAAAGACUCUGUACGAGUAGGCAACAAGCUGGUUGCUGGCUUCUCCAUGCUCUAUCUCUGUUUUGAGUCCACCUGCUAUUUGAAAAAUUAUCUCACCAACCUCCGCUUUGACAAUUUUUACAUCACUAAGAAGCUGGAGCAUGUAGCUGCGGACAGAAAAGCAGCUCAUCUGUUGGCGGGCUCAUCAAAAAACCUCAUUCGACCAACAAGCUUGAAGUUGUCGCGGGAAGAAGUGACGCUGUGCCUCGUACAAGCCAUGCUGCUCACCGUGGCCCUGAUGUUGAUGCUGGUGAUUGUGGCGCUGGACCACUUUGCGUUCAGCGUGGCAGACACGGCGGUGAGAAAGGCAGCUCAGUUCUCCGUGGUCCCCGUCACUCUCAGCAUCAAAUACAGUGCUAAAAUAGGGAUCCUGCCCUUUCUUUUGAAACUUUUACGGCUUCCUUACGAAGAAUUACCACUUCAGGACUUUGAAAGAAGCUACCACCAUUAUCUGAUCUUCAGCUCUGCCCACUGCAGGAUCAGCCCCCCGAAGCCUCCCAACUCCUCUGUGCUGCUGGUCGUGGGGCUCCUCUUCUGCAUCCUCUAUGCCACGGUAUUCCUGGAAACCUAUGCACACCGCCUGUGCAGAAAAAUCGCAGCUUCCUUCUUCGAGAGCUGGGAGGAGAAGCGAGCCCUUUACCUCUACAAGAAGCUGUCCAGGAAGCACAAGGAGGAACAAAACUGU